CAUACUCCUAGGAUCCAUCCAUGCUGUUGGCCAUCACUGUCAUCGGGGUCACAGUGCUCAUGUUGGCCCUGAAGAGCAUAAACUCCAGGAGGAAAUACAUUAUUACUUUACAAGACCCUGAUACCACAUACCUGCUGCCCUUGAUUGAGAAGGAUCAAAUCAGCCACAACACCCAGAGAUUCCGCUUUGGAUUGCCCUCGCCUGACCAUGUCUUAGGGCUUCCUAUAGGUAACCAUGUCCAUCUCUCGGCCAGAAUUGAUGGUGACGUUGUGCUCAGGGCUUACACCCCCAUCUCCAGUGAUGAUGACCGAGGCUUUGUGGACUUACUUAUAAAGAUCUACUUCAAAAAUGUACACCCCCACCAUCCUGAAGGUGGGAAGAUGACUCAGUACUUGGAGAACAUGAAAACUGGGGACACCAUCCUUUUUCAAGGGCCAUCUGGAUGCCUGUUCUAUUGUGGGCCAGGCUCCCAGACUAAAGCUGCAGAAGCUAGAAGCAUCUUUAUGUUUCUAGGGAGACUUGCAAUCAAAACACACAAAACAAGCGAGUCUGAAAACAAACUGGUCUAUCACCUGGGAAUGUUUGCUGGGGGAACAGGCAUUACACCCAUGCUGCAGCUCAUUCGCCACAUCACCAAGAACCCCAGUGAUAACACCAGGAUAUCCCUCCUCUUUGCCAACCAGACAGAGGAGGAUAUCUUGAUGAGAAAGGAGCUUGAAGGAAUUUUCAGGACUAAUCUAGAUCAGUUCAACCUGUGGUACACCCUGGACAGGGCUCCUGCCAGCUGGAGGUACAGUUCAGGCUUUGUUACUGCCAACAUGAUCAAGGAGCACCUCCCUCCCCCUGGGAAGGCCAUACUCAUCCUGGUGUGUCGCCCACCACCCAUGAUCCAGACAACCAUUUACCCCAACCUGAAGCAGCUGGGUUAUACCAAAGACAUGAUUUUCACCUACUAACACCUCCCGU